AAAAAUUAUCAAAAUUAAAAAAAGUUAUGAUUGAAAAUGUUUGCUCGUUAAUGGAAAAAUAAUCAUUACCCCCACUGGGUAAUUAUGGAUAAUAAUUUAUAUUAAAUAGCCGGAUAUAUAGAUUUUGUUUCAUUUGUAAAUCGGACAUGAAUCCCAUAACUGGUGUUCGGCUGCUACUCUUGGCCCUAGCCACAUUCCUCUGCCUAAAUCCUAGCACCGAAGGACGAAAAUCAAAGUCCAGGUUUACCAACAUUCAGUGUUUAAACUAUAAUGAAUCCUAUUGUAUUUUUGAAAAGUGCAAACUGAACUUGCUAGGCCGAGGAAGAGUUGGUGCGUAUUUUUACUUAAAAUUGCUUCAAGUUCCAAUUGAUAAUGCGUGGAUAAACUGGAGUAUUUAUCGUCGUUAUAAUGGCUACCAGCCAUUUAUCUACAAUAUAAGCACCGAUUUUUGUCAACUGAUGAAAAAUGUGAAUAAGUUGUCGUUCGAGAGCCUGGUCAUUGGCGCCAUCAUGACCAAAUCGAACCUUAACCACACCUGUCCCUAUGAUCAUGACAUCAUUUUAGAUAAUUUGGAGUUUACGGAUGAUUUCCUCAAAAAACUUCCGCUUCCACAGGGCGACUAUAAAAUCCAAUUGAGGUUCGCUACCUACAAAGUUUGGCGCGUCCAAGUGACGGUUUUCUUUGUUAGAGAUGAAUUAUAAAUGAAUUUAAUCCCAAAAACUUCGUUUAAUAAACUAUUCCACAUAUUCCUCAAAAUUUUUCAACUUUUAAGACACUUUUUUUCCAAUAUUUCGGCCAAACUGAGACCGAUUUUAAAACCAAAAAGGAAAACCAUUUAGGAAUCAUGGCUUCAAUUUCCUUCAAUCUGUAAAUAAAUAUUGUAAAUAUCGAGAAGCAAAAUUUUGAACCCUUUUUUGUCCUAAAUCAUGAUGUUAUCCCUUUGAAAAUUUGAGAAAAUGUUGCCAAAUUUUGGAUAACCUGAUUUUGUUAAGUACUCGAUAAGUACUCGAUAUUAUAAAACUGAGAAAGUAUAACAUUCAUCGAUCGGAUAGAUAUUACCCAAGUUAUGGCUAUUUUUCUGAAGAAAGUCGGGGCAGAAACCCUCAUUGACCAAAUUUGAGGUUAAGGGCCAAAAUAAGUCACUUUUUAGCGCAUAUUUCAACUAUUUUACAUCGCAUAUGAAAAAUGAAUACCAUUUCUAAAUCAGGGCAUCAAAUGCUCUCGUUCUGCAUCAAAAUAUUCUAAAAAUUGAAAUGUUCAAUUUUGGGUCUAUUUUUUGUCAAAAAUCAUGAUGUGACCCCUUUGAAAAUUUACGAAAAUGGGGUUAGAUUUUAGUUGUCCAGGUUUUAAUUGAGAAUGAUACUACUCGAAGUUCUAAGAUCGGGAAGGUAUAACAUUUUACAAUGGGACAAAUAUUGGCAAAGUUAUGAACAAAAAUGUCUUCGAAAAAGCGUACAAAUUGGCAUUGGCUGGAGGAGGGAGACUUUUGGCCAGAA